AUGACAGUUAAAAAAAUCGGUUUAGGCGGUUUAGGCGUCCAUCUAGCGGUUUUGGUCUUAAUGACAGUUAAGAAAAUCGGGUUAGGCGAAGCCUUCCUCGGAACAUCGGUCAAAAACGCCGUCGUUACAGUCCCCGCUUACUUCAACGACUCUCAGCGUCAAGCUACAAAGGACGCCGGAGUAAUCUCCGGACUCAACGUGAUGCGUAUCAUCAAUGAGCCAACUGCUGCAGCUAUUGCUUACGGACUUGAUAAAAAGGCGUCGAACGUUGGAGAGAAGAAUGUGUUGAUAUUUGAUCUUGGAGGUGGGACGUUCGAUGUUUCUUUGUUGACGAUUGAGGAAGGGAUCUUUGAAGUGAAGGCCACGGCUGGUGACACACAUCUUGGUGGUGAGGAUUUUGACAACAGGAUGGUGAAUCAUUUCGUGCAAGAGUUUAAGAGGAAGCAUAAGAAGGAUAUCACCGGGAAUCCACGGGCGUUGAGGAGGUUGAGAACGGCUUGCGAGAGAGCUAAGAGAACUCUCUCUUCGACCGCGCAGACGACGAUAGAGAUUGAUUCUCUCUACGAAGGGAUUGAUUUCUACACUACGAUAACGCGCGCGAGGUUUGAGGAGUUGAACAUGGAUUUGUUUAGGAAGUGUAUGGAGCCUGUGGAGAAGUGUUUGAGAGAUGCCAAGAUGGAUAAGAGUAAUGUUCAUGACGUUGUGCUCGUUGGUGGGUCCACUAGGAUUCCGAAAGUUCAGCAGCUUUUGCAAGAUUUUUUUAAUGGGAAGGAGCUUUGUAAGAGUAUUAACCCUGAUGAAGCUGUUGCUUAUGGUGCGGCGGUUCAGGCGGCGAUUUUGAGUGGGGAAGGGAAUGAGAAGGGAAGACUCUCGAAAGAAGAGAUUGAGAAGAUGGUACAGGAAGCGGAGAAGUACAAAGCAGAGGAUGAAGAACACAAGAAGAAGGUGGAUGCAAAGAAUGCUUUAGAGAAUUACGCAUACAACAUGAGGAACACGAUCAAGGACGAGAAGAUCGCUUCUAAGCUGGAUGCAGCUGACAAGAAGAAGAUUGAAGAUGCAAUCGACCAAGCUAUUGAAUGGUUGGAGGGUAAUCAGCUUGCAGAGACGGAUGAGUUUGAGGAUAAGAUGAAGGAGCUUGAGUCUCUUUGCAACCCGAUCAUUGCGAGGAUGUACCAAGGCGCUGGUGGUGACAUGGGUGGUGCUGGUGGCAUGGACGAUGAUGCUCCUACCGGUGGUAGCGGAGGCGCUGGACCAAAGAUUGAAGAAGUUGAUUAA